AUGGCGUUCAGUGGGACUCAGCAGAAAUGCAAGGCUUGCGACAAGACUGUUCAUUUCAUUGACAUGUUGACAGCUGAUGGUGCUUCUUAUCAUAAAACCUGCUUCAAAUGCAGUCACUGCAAUGGAAAGCUUGUGAUAAGCAGCUACUCCUCCAUGGAUGGUGUCUUAUACUGCAAGCCUCACUUCGAGCAACUCUUCAAGGAGACUGGAAGUUUCACAAAGAAAUUCCAGACACCCGCAAGGUCACAAAAUGAGAUGAAUAGGACCCCUAGCAAACUCUCCUUUAAGUUUUCUGGGACUCAAGAAAAAUGUUUUGUCUGCCAAAAAACAGUAUACCCUCUGGAAAAGGUGUCAAUGGAGGGGGAAUUUUACCACAAGAAAUGCUUCAGGUGUUCUCACGGUGGCUGCUUCCUCACACACUCAUCCUAUGCUGCUUUGGAUGGAACUCUUUACUGCAAGCACCACUUUGCUCAGCUGUUCAAGGAGAAGGGAAGCUACAAUCAUCUCAUCCAGACUGCUUCAAUUAAGAAAAAUGGAGGAACAAAGCCAACACCUGAACCAGAAGCUGAACAGGAGGCAGCCCAGCAGCAAGAGCUAUAG